AUGGUACAACUUGUCCACGUGUUAUCAUGUCCAUGUCGUCUGCUCAUAUUACCACGUGGUUCAUAUUUACUACUUUUAGUGUCUAUAUCUAAUAGGUUCUCUUUGCUCCAAUGUGUGAGAAAAAGUGGAAGAGAGAGAUCAUUGUUGAAGAAUGGAAGCAUCUUACUAAAGGAUCUUAUUGCUUCUUGUGAUGGCAAAUCUACUCCCAUUCGUUAUUACUCUGCUGCUGAGCUCGUUAGGGCUACCAACAACUUCGAUCCUUGUUGCAUUGUAGAAGAGGCUUCAGUAUACUACACGAUGUUCAGGGGUAUUCUGGAUGACCAAACAAUUAUCGUUAAGAAGUACAUCAUUACAAGAGACUGGCCCGACAAGGACGAAGCUAGGUCUUGGGCUAUUCGUGAUAUUGUCAUAUCAAUGCAGAUGAGCACACAUAAGAAUGCUUUGAAAUUAUUAGGUUGCUGCUUAGAGUUUUCUCUCCCAGCUCUGGUGCAUGAAGGUGCAGCAAAAGGAGUUCUCAGGGAUGAUGGAAGUUUAAGCGGGGAUGACGAAAGUCAAUCCUUUUUACCAUGGAAAACUAGACUGCGUAUUGCAAAGCAGCUUGCUAAUGCACUUACAUAUCUCCAUACCGCCUUUUCGAGACCCAUCAUUCAUAGGGGCCUAAGUUCCAGCUGCAUUUUCUUGGAUGACGACUAUGUUCCAAAACUCUCCAACUUUUCUUUCUCCAUAACCAUUCCUCCUAAGCAAUCCCAUGUUGAAGAAGAUACCUUGAAAUGGACAAAUGGGUAUGCUGACCCCAACUACCUGGCAACUGGUUACAUUACGGAAAAAACUGAUGUUUAUAGCUUUGGUGUUCUUUUACUUGUACUCUUGACGGGAAGAACUGCAAUUACUGCAAAUUUGAAAUUUCAUCUUUCUGAUAGCCAAAUUCAAAUUCACAACAUUGUAGACCCUAAAAUCUUCGAGGAGGUAGGUGAAGCUGAGCAAGAACAACAACAAUUGCGGGAUUUCCUAGCACUUGCAUUGUCAUGCAUCCAAACCCAAAAUGAAGGAAGGCCAUAUAUGAUUGACGUCGCCAAAGAACUCUUACGAAUUCACAAGUCUUAUCUUGCUUGCGCACUAGCUUAA